AUGAUGAAAAAGAAGAAAGAGAAAAAAGGAAGCAGCGAUGUUGUGAAUAAGGGGAAAGGGGAGCAGGGUAAUCCACUGAGCCAUUUAUCACAGGAGGAGGAUAAGGAUGGAUAUGAUGACACGAGAGAGAUCACCCUAGAGGGGGAAGUAUCUUUCGUUGGGGAAAGCACCAAAAGGGAGACCAGCAACAUGAGUGUGGAAGGGCAUGUCCCUUUGCAAGGGGUAAGCACCCCUGCAGAUGGAGAAUCUAAUUCGGCGGUGGGGCAGCAGAUCUUUGGAGACAGCCCAGAACAUUAUGAAUACUACGAAGAAGAAACAUUGAGGGGGGAAGAGGAAGAAGAAAUCAGCGACAUAUCAACAGAUGAAAUGCUGAGUGGAAUGGAAAGUGAUACGGACGUGCCGGAACAAGUGAAGCAGUUUACCUCGGGAGGAAAAUUUAUGUAUAAACAUUUUUAUAAUGAAGAGAUCAGUGCGUUGUCAGAGGAAAUACAGGAAAAGGAAAGGAUUCUAGAGGAAAUUAAUAAGACAACAUGGAAAUUAAAAAAUCGAUUCCUCAAGUUGGAGAAACACAUCAAUACCAAAAAGAAGGAAGUCACAAAAAAAAAGAAAAUUGUGGAGGAAAAGAAAAAAAUGCAUGAAGAAGAAAAUGGAGCGUGUGUAAAUGUCCAAGCAAAGAAUCAGUUUUUGGUAAAACAAAAUGAACAGCUAAAAUGUGAAAAAGAGAGAAAUAAUGCAAAGAUUAUAAAAACACAGAACGACCUCAUAGAGUGUGAAAAGAGCAUAGAGGAUAUGAAGGAAAAAUUAGUCGAUAAGGAAAAGGAACUAUACGAAUGGACCGUUCAAAUUGAAAAAUUACAAAAGGAAGAAUUCGAAGUGGAGAAAUUCGCCCUUUGUCAGGAUAAGGAAAUUGAAAAUAUGACUUACAAGUUGGAGAAACUAAAUGUGGAGAAAGUAGAACAAGAAAAAAAAGUGAACAGAAUGAAGACAAAAAAUAUGCAGCUACAUAUGGAGUUGCAAGAAAAUAUAAAAGAAAAUGAAAAAAUGGAAGAAGAAAAAAAAAAACUUCGAACGAAAUGGAAGUGUGUUGUGGACAGUAUAAAUAACAGAGACCAAACAAUCUUCAAAUUUGAAGAAGAAUAUACCAAAUAUACAAUGAAAAAAGAAAAACUAAUGGAUAAAUGUAAGGAGAUAAAUGAACAUAUAGAAAUGCAGAGGGGAAAGAAUCACGUGUUGAGUGAUAAAGUAAAAAGGGAAGAAACGAAUUUAAACAGAAUAAAGAAAGAACAGAAUAAGGUGGAUGAAGAAUUGAAGAAGGCAUAUGAUGAAAGGGAUAUUUUGGUCAAAGAUUUGGAGUGCGAAAAAAUCACAAGUAGGGAAAAAGUAGAAGAGAAAAAUAAUCUCCAAAAUAAUUUAACCGAGUUGGGAAAGACACUGCAGAAGUUAGUCCAAUCAUUUGAAGAGUCGAGGAGAGAAUACACCAAGGAGGAAUUAAAGAGUGUCGAGAAGAACCAACUUAUCAAGUCCAGCGAGCAAAUCCUAAUCGAACAUAACGGGAAGCUAGCCAAAUUGAAUGCACAAAUAAAAAUGCUGGAUGAAGAAAAAUUUCAAUUACAAGAAUAUUUACAGAAGAGCAAAAACGAGUACACCAUUUUGGAGACAGAUAUGGUUGGCACACAAAUAAAAAUUAAGCAAAUGAAAAGUAAUAUAAAAAAAAUGGAACAAGAAUUGGAAAGGCAGAAGGAGAUUCUAUACAAGUUUGACUUCCAAACACAAGUGCUAACGAAGAAACUUAAUGUCGCUUCCGGGAUUAGCACCUUUGAAAAAAAAAAAAAAUGUCAAAAAAAAAUAGACACUCUGGAAAAAGAGUUCACUAGGUAUGAAGAUAUAUACACGACUCUGAACAACGAGAUGAAACGGAUUAAUGUUGAAUUAAAAAAUAUAAAAACUCAGCAGAUGUCCAUGAAGGAAGAGAAGGGAAGCAUUUUACACGACACAGAAAAGUUGGAGCUUGAAAUUAAAUCCUUAGAAAGUACCGUGCUUGCCCAAAAUAAAGAAAAAGAAAAUGUCAUGCUGAUCGAAAUGAACCUAAAAAUAGAGUUAGACAAAAUGAAGGAAAUUUUUUCCAACAAUUUGGAUAGCUUAAAUGUUUUAAAAGUAAAAAAAAAAAAAAAUGUUCAAAAUGAAAAGCUGAACGAGCAAGACAUGCAUGCACACAUCGACUCGCUCAAAGUGAUUGUAAAGAAUAUGAGCGACGAAUUGCAUAAGUUAAAUAUGCAGGUGCACGACAAGAAAAAUAGGUGCAACAAUUUGGAGCUCAAGUUGGACGCAAUCCAUGUCCGCCACGGGGACGAGGAGCACCACCCGCAGGGACAACAGGACGAGGCUGGCCGAUUGGACAGACCCGACGAUCAAGACAACAAGCACAUACUCUACAAAAUAAAGAUCGAAGAAGACAUUUCUAAUUUGAAGCAGGAGAUAGAAACUCUAGAUGCUAAUAUAGAAAAAGAAAACCAGCAGGUGAAUCAGUUCCAGAAGACGCUAAAUGAAAUCAUUCAGACGAACAAAGACUUCAGCGAUAACAUAAAAUGCAUCAACCCAGAGUACAAGGAGCUUUUAAAAAAAAAAAACAAAUUAAACAAAAAGUGCAACCAAAUUAAGGAGGAUAUUGCUUCCAUAGAGAAGGAUAUAAAUGAGUACAACAAAAAAAUUAAAGAAGUGGAAAAAGAGCUGAAUUAUGUACUCACGGGAGCCAGAAGUGUGGAAGAUAAAGUCACCGCUUUGAAGGAAAAUAGCCGUAAAAUGGAGGGAAUCAUUAAUGACCUAUUCGUCAAAAUAGAGAGAGCCUCCAAUCAGCUACGCACAAUCGUCGGAGCCAAGAAGAAGCCGAUGGGCAGUCAAUUGGGUGGGUCCCUCAGCGACCACGAUGGGGAGGCUGACCCAACGGACGGAAGCGCAGACAAUGGCGAUGAGCGUGUCUCACUGGAAAAGAGGGUCUUCAAGCAAAUACAAAUGGAAUCCCUAAAGGAGAAGCUCGCUUUCCUCGUUGAGUGCUUCAAAAGCCACGGGGAUAACGAAGUGGUGAGGGAGAUUUACAACGUUAUAGAGGCCUCCGAAUGA